GCCGAAAUACCUGACCCCCGCCACCACGACUUCCUCCUCCAUCGUCCGAGGUCGCCGCUUUGAGAUAAUGCCUCCGAAGAGAGACCGUCAAGGCGACGUCAAGCCCCGCGGCCCCAAGCAGCCGCCCAGGGAGGUCGUCCGCAAUGCCUACACGCCCAUGUUUGAGGGCUUCCGCGACGAGCUGGACAAGCACCACGACCGCCGCGAGAGGAUCGUCAAGGCGUCACGAGACAUCACGGCACUGAGCAAAAAGAUCAUUUUCUCUCUUCAACGUGUGCGCAAGAUCCACAAUGACCUCCCCGCCGAUGUCCAGUCGGACAUGAAAUCCCGCCUCGCCGAGGUGGCUAGGCUGUUCGCCUCCAUCGCAGCAGACGUGCAAGGCGCGAACCGCUACCGCUACGGCCGUCAACUGGCCUGCGUCGAGGAGCUGGUGGAGGCCCUGACCUUUGCCCAUUACCUGCGUCACCAGUGCCUGAUGAGCCACGGCGAGGCCGCCCACGCCGUCUCUCAGCUAUGUGCCGAUGCUGCUGCGGCAGAGGAGAAGGCCAAGGCGAAGGAGCGCGAGGGCGGCGACACCGCUAUGGCCGGCGUCGACGACUCCGCUCCCGCCCCCAAGCAGGAUGAGGAGGCGUCGGCGGAGAAGAAGCAGCCGCUCGUGGUGGACGUGACCGCAGACGACUUCCUCAUGGGCGUGUUUGACCUCUCGGGCGAGAUGAUGCGCUUUGCCACCACGACGGCCGCCUUCAACGGAGAGCUGGCCACCAGCUCCGCCAAGCCUGCCGCCGCUCCCGACGGCGGCGGCGCGGGCGAGGAGCGUGGGAGGAACAUCCUGGCCGACAUGCAGGAGCUCGGGACGCUGUUCCAAAUGCUCCCGCAGCGCCGCGACAAGACCUACCAGAUUAAGAUGUUGACGCUGCGCCAGUCGGUGGGCAAGGUCGAGGCGCUAGGGUACGAGCUCAAGGUGCGCGGCAGCGAGCGGCCAAAGGGAUGGAUGCCCGACAUGACUGACGGGCCGGCAGUCGACGCGGAGGAGUAGAAUGAUGUAUGUGGAUGUGAUCUACUGCUAUGAAUGCAUGUCUAGGUACGUGUGGGCGGUAGCUAGGUAGUACCCGCAAUCAACCACCACAUUAAAGUAUAGUGUUCGGCAUAUUUUCUAGGUGUCCCACCCUAGGACUAGGAGUUUCUUUGUGAUAUCUACCUAGACAUCUUACGGAACGAGCAAGGAG